CACUUUUCUGUUCUCUGACCUCUGACCUCUGAGCUUGUGUCUCUGGUCGGAUCCUCGGAUCCGAGGGGGAUUUUGCGGGUAGAGGACAGUGUGGAGACCGGGUUUGGACAAGCUAGCCGGAUAACCAUCAGCUAACAGGGCUAGCCAGGAUAACGCUGUCUAGCAUCAACCACCAGCGGCGGGAUACCGUUUCCAUCGACAAUGGCUAACGUUACAGACCUGCAAACAAAAUACAGCAAGCUGGCACAGGAGUACUCUAAGCUCCGUGCCCAGAAUCAGGUGUUGAAGAAGGCAGUUGUGGAUGAACAGGCCAACUCUGCCUCGCAAAAGGAGCAGCUGAAGCAGAGGGACCAGAGCCUGAGGAAGCAGGAACAGGAGAUGGACAGUCUCAGCUUCAGGAACCAACAGCUGGCCAAGAGGGUGGAGCUGCUGCAAGAGGAGCUAGCUGCUAGUGAAGCCAAGGGCAAAAAGGGGAAGAGUAAAGGGGACUCUCCCUCACAGCAUGGCCUGCAGACCCAGAGUGUUUUUGAUGAGGACCUGCAGAAAAAGAUAGAAGAGAAUGAGCGGCUUCAUAUCCAAUUCUACGAAGCAGAUGAGCAGCACAGGAGGCAAGAGGCUGAGCUGAGGGCACGACUAGAGGAGCUGGAGAAAGACUCAGAGCAGCACCAGGCUGUCGUGGACGGACUCACCACGAAGUACAUGGAAACGAUUGAGCGGCUGCAAAGCGACAAGGCACGCUUAGAGGUGAAGGCACAGACUAUGGAAAGGGAAGCAAAAGAAUGCAGAAUGCGAACAGAAGAGUGUCAGCAGCAGUUGAGGCGGUGCCAGUCAGAGCUGAACAGACAGGUGAAACAAAGCAGCAGUGUUAUCCAGGAGAAAGUGCCCUUCAAUGACACCAAAUUUAGUGACUACAACAGCCUAAAUGUACCGCCACAUAACCGAAGGCACCAGCUUAAGGCCCGAGACCUGGCAGGUCAGGCUCUGAGCUUUAUUCAGGACCUGGUUGCUGCUCUGUUGAACUUCCACUCCUACACGGAGCAGAGGGUACACAUCUAUCCCCUGGACUCCUCAAUUGAGCCCAUCUCCCCUCUUAACCAGAAGUUUUCUCAGUACCUACACGAGAAUGCAGCUUAUGUGCGCCCCCUGGAGGACAGCUUUCUGCAGUUACACCAAAGCAUCACAGAGGACACCAUCACAGUAUUGGAGACUGUGGUCAAGCUGAAGAGUUUUGCUGAUAAUUUCUCCUCAUACACCCACUUUCUGCAAAAGAUCCUUCCCUACCAGUUGAAAAGCCUGGAAGAAGAGUGUGAGGCAGCUCUUUGUAACGCUGCCCUUACUGUGAAAAACCAGGAGCUGCAGAAAGACAUGAAGAGAGUAACUUCUGUGUUUGAGAAACUUCAGAACUACAUUAACCUUUUGGCCUUACCCAGUGUUCGGCAGGAUGCCAUGCCACAGAGCAGCACCUCAGCUGUCUUCACCCAGCUGGCUGCCUGCCUGCACAGUCUUCACGAUGCCAUUAAAGAGAUGUCAAAGCACUACAACCAGAAGGCCGGCUUAGAACAGGAGCUCCCCACCAUCACCCAGAAGCUCUGCACCACCACAGAGUGCCUGCUGGGAUCUCUGGCCUCACUGACCAGCAGCACUGGCAAGAUUGCCACUUUCUUCAGCAACAACUUGGACUUCUUCACAUCCUCAGGCUACAGUCCAAGAGGCAGCACAGUAGCUUUAAACCCCUUGCAAGCGGAGAGUAUGCUGGUCAACAAAAAGAAAGCAGCCGCCUAUAUCCAUGCUAUCAAAAAGCCCAGGCCACAGUCUGUUCCAUACAGAGAAGCCCUGUCAAACCGUCGUAUACUUACCAGUUCCACUGAGAGCAGAGAGGGUCUCACUCAGCAGGUGCAGCAGAGCCAGGAGAAGAUUGCUCGGCUGGAGCAGGAGAAGGAGCACUGGCUCCUGGAGGCCCAGCUGGGGAAGGUGCGGUUGGAAAAGGAGAACCAGCGCAUUGCUGACCUGGAAGCGCAGCUCGCAACGGCUCUAGGGGGAAGUCCAAACUCGCAAACAGCUGCUGUCGGCACACUCGCACAGAGCAAUGAGGAAGCAGAGACAGAGCAGAAAGCUGAAGGGAAAGAGACUACGCUAUGCACCAGCCUGGUUGGCAUUUUGUGCACCACACCUACAGUUGAACAUCUGGGAGACGAGGAGUCCAGAGAGCAGCUGAUAAAGACUCAUUACAUGGCCAGAGUGGGAGAACUCACUACCCAACUCCAGAUUUCAGACAGCAAAGCUGUGCACUUUCACUCUGAGUGUCGGGCUUUGGCCAAGAGAUUAGCCAUUGCAGAAAAAUCACGGGAGACUCUGAGCGAAGAGGUCAAACUGGCUAAUCAGAACAUCACACGCUUGCAGGAUGAGCUGGCUACGACUAAGAGGAGCUACGAAGACCAGCUCAGUAUGAUGAGCGACCACCUGUGUAGCAUGAAUGAGACUUUGAGCAAGCAAAGAGAGGAAAUCGACACGCUUAAACUGAGCAGCAAGGGAAAUGCCAAAAAGAACAAAGGUCGCUAGGGCUGCCCUGAAAACUCUGGCUCCAUUUGGCAUCAUGAAGGGCAGCAUCCUGGUACCAACACUACCACUGUCACCAAACCACAGGACGGCUACAUGAGCCUCAUUUCCUCCGCUGUAAGACAGUGGCAGUACAAAUGAACUGAAUGGAGGCUGUACCAUGUUCGACUGAUGAAGCUUCUUUUUCCCUUUUCCUUGACACAGCACCAGUUGUAACGUGAUAUGAUUUGCUAAAAAUGCUUUCUGAAACUGUACCGGAAGCUGCUGCUUAAUCUUUUGGUCGAAGCAAGGAGGGAGAAAAACAACUUUUCCCCGAAAGGGACAGAGGAAGAUGAACAGCUGAAGCAGUUGAAGUUGGUAAUGCUCACUGAAGUCAAGACUUGAAGACCAAACCCUGUUGAUCAGUGUGUGUACUUUGUCUGCUUAGUGCACAUGUGAGAGAAAAUGAAACUGCAUUCCUACUGCUUAUCGGUGGGAGCGGGCGAAGAGGGCAAAUGUUGGUGUGGCUGUAUGUGUGCAGAGUCUUGUGUCAUUGUGUGACUGUGGCACCAGGCUUUACGUGUGAGUAUUGUUAUACGCUUCUUUUUUUUUUU